UGACGAUGAAAGAAGGUCGGAAAACAAUAUGGAAAACAUGGAUUUUGGAGUAUCGAACGAAAAUAUUGAUAAAGAUAUUAGUGAUGAGGAAGAUGAAUCUAAUUUGUCUGGGGAAGAAACGAAAAUGGAAGAAUUGAUAAUUACAGAUUCGGAUAAGGAAACAGAGAAAUCAGAUGAUAACAGCGACCACAAUAUGGAAAUAGAUAAUGUUUCUUCAAAUGAGAUGAAACAAGAAAAUCGAGCGCAAGGAGAAUCGAAAAAUUUUUCUGGAAAAAAAGGAGAGGAGAUCGAAGAGCCGGAACCAAUACCAUUACUGUCGCGUCCAAAUGUCGCUAAACAAUUUCGAGACUAUUAUAUGGCACAAAUGACAAAAGCUUUUGAAGAAGAUCUAGAUACAAUUCGAAAGGAAUCGAAACUUGAUUCAAAUAAGAUAGAAAUUCUGAAAGAUACAUUGGAAUCAGGAAUUUCCAUCUUUUCUGAAAUGGAGAAAGAAUUGGCUUUGGCAUCCCAAAAAUUUCGAUAG